AUGCACCACGCCGUCUUCCAUCUUGCUACCUCAGCGCAGGACCUGAGCGCCAACCUGUUUCAACAGCGUCUCAAAGUGUUUGUGUCCUUCUUCAGCACUCUCAAGGCACUCAAGUCGCUGCGAGUGCUGAUGCACUCAACGCCACGUGCUACUGCCAAUGCCAACAUCGGCAUGCCCAUCUCUUCCGCCAUGAAGGCGUCUAAUCAGGCCAAUAAUCACCGCCUGCCCCUCACAUCACCCCACCAUGCCUGUCCCCCGUGCCCGCCCGCAGGUCACUGCAAUACAUCUGGUUCUCCAGCUCCAUUCCCUCCUCCUUGCUCGCCCUGCCAGCACUCUUCAGCAUAUGAGUGCCCUCACCACCCUUCCUGCCUACACGCCUCCCUGCGGGAAUGCCUUUUCCCUCCAUAUGUUGUGUGGCACUCUCCUUCAAUGGACCCACCACCACCACCCAUCACUCGUCAUCUUCCGCCACAUCUGGUUAACGUUGCCAUGUCUCUCCAUCCCCCCCGUCCGCCUUUGCGUGCGAGCAGCAAGCUGAAUCGCAACUGCCUCAUGGGCGUGUUGCCGACCAUGGGCGCAGCAGUGAAGGCGCCCAAUGUGGCGAGCAACUUCCUAUCGAGCUCCUUCCCCACCGCCGCGGUCACAGCCUGUGACUCGCGCUCCAACUGCUUUGCAGACGCCAGCAAGUGCGCCAACAGCAACGACAUGGCGCAGAGGGCCACUGCCGACUGCAACAUCUGUGGCUCCACGGGGGCUGCGGGCGCGCUGUGCGGCGGCGGGUACUGCACGCCCAACGCCACCACGCCUGCCGUCGCCGGCACGCCCAACACGGAGGGGCAGGCGGUGGUGGCGCUGUUCUGCCAGGGCGGCCCCAUCGAGCCCUCCAUGCGCGGCGCCAUGCUCAACCUCAAGGCGUCGCUAGGCGUCACUCUCACGGACUGGGUGGGCACGGCGCCGUGCAAAAUUGCGGGGCAGAGCACGGUGGUGGGGGCGCGGUCCAACGUGGAGUGCAACGCCACCGGCAAGGUCACCAGCAUGUGA